AUGAAGGGCUUCGGGAUGGGGAAGCGGGGCAUCGAGGAGCGGAUCCAGGAGGAGGCUCAGUGCCUGGUGGAGGGGCUGCAGAAAUCCCAGGGGGCAUAUCUGGACCCAACGCUCCACUUUCACUCUGUCACGGCCAAUAUCAUGUGCUCCAUCAUCUUUGGUGAGCGCUUUAACUACCAGGACCCCAAAUUCUUAAGGCUGUUGAAUGUACUGAACCAAGCCUUCCUCAACUGCAGCUCUUUCUACAGCCAGGUGUUUGAGCUCCUCUCUGUCAUCUUGAGAUACUUUCCCAGCAUGCACACACAUUUGUCCAGCCACUUUCAAGAACUGAAAGAUUUUAUCACUGAGAACAUUGAGAAGCACCGACACACCCUGGACCCCAGCACUCUGCAGGACUUUAUCGAUUCCUUCCUGCUCCGGAUGGACAAGAACACCCAGGAACUGGAAAUCUUUGCAAGUGGAGAAAUUAAGGAUGUCCUCUUCCACUCCGUUCCUGAGAGUGACUUCCACCCGCAAAAUCUCGUCCUCGCCACCCUCAUACUGCUCUUUGCUGGCACCGAGACCUCUAGCACCACCCUCCGCUAUGGGAUUUUACUCCUUCUCAAGCACCCUGAUGUCUCAGAGAAAGUCCAAACAGAGAUUGACAGGGUGAUCGGUCCCCAUCGCUUCCAUCACAGGGCAAAAAUGCCUUAUAGGGAUGCCGUCAUCCACGAGAUUCAGAGAUACAGUGACCUCGUCCCCAUCGCCAUCCCCCACGCUGUCAUCAGGGACACCCACUUCCAGGGAUAUCUCCUCUCUAAGGACACUGCUGUGUACCCCGUCAUAAGCUGCAUCCUCCAUGACCCACGGCACUUUGAGAAACCAGAUGCCUUCUAUCCUGCCCACUUCCUGAGUGUGGAGGGCAACUCUAAGAAGCGGAAAGCCUUUGUUCCAUUCUCCCUGGGGAAACGCCUGUGUUUGGGAGAGAAUGUCGCCCCUGCCGAGCUCUUUCUCUUCUUCACUUCGAUUCUGCAGAAUUUCUCCUUGGGCGGCCCCAAGGCCCCAGAAGACAUCAACCUCACACCCCGGGAGAACGGGCUGGGAAAGGUGCCUCCCCUGUACCAGCUCUGCUUCCUGCCCGGCUAAGGAGGGGGAGAAGGGGUGCAGAACCCCCUCAGGAUCCUUCCUCCAGCCUCUGGAACUGGCGAACUCCUUCCCCCUGCUCACGCUGCCCUGUGGGAAGUCCCUUCUGUAGUCUGUCCUCCGUGCAGCCUGCUGUAGUCA